AUGAAGCUACUAUCCACGGCAGAACCAAAGUGGCGGCAGGAUGUGUGCCCGAUUCAACCUCUGAGGAAGUGCAGUUCGCAUGAGGAGGCAUACCACAGAGCUGGAAGCAGUGACAAAGACGGUGUCACAGCGUCACAGUUACCAUCCCCAGCUUCCGAUGACAUGUGUAGUGAUCACUCCACAAUCUCAUCUGAAAUUGUUUCACUGGAUGCGGCAUCGAAUGCUUCAUUCAACAUUGACAACUCAUGGCGGCAGGAUGUCAUUGAGACUUCAAUACGCAUUGAAAGUCAAGAAUCCAUAGAGGAAGAAAAGGAUGCCAUUGACCCUGUUGAUCCUCGAAUCAAAAGAUCCACAUCAUCAUCGUCCAUGGAUACAGCCCUUUUUGAGUUCGCAGAGAACGACACGCCACCUCAACUUGUUGUGCGGCACAAUUCAUAUACUAACCGGACCAUGGAGGCUGAGCCCAUGGACACACGAUUUGGUGAAAGCUCAUCAGGAAAUCAAGACACGGCAAUGACCUUUCCGAGGCCAUCCUAUUCGCAGCAACUAUCAAUGCCAGUACCAUCCGGUCUACAGAAGUUGGCAGAAGCCUUCACAACUGGCUGCGCUGUUGGUACACAUUCGUAUCGUUUGAAGAAAUACCCAAAUACCUUUGUUGGAAGUGAAGCUGUGGACUUAAUGCUCAGCGCCAAUCUUGCGUCUACUCGUGAAGACGCUGUAUUCCUGGGACAAAGAUUCUGCAAGGAGUUGAAUCUAUUCCAUCAUGUAUGCUGGGACCAUACAUUCAAAGAUGGACAAUUUUUCUAUCGAUUCAACAACGAAUGCUCCAAGGAUGUGCGAUGCAUGACCCCAGUAAGCAGGGAGAACUUGGUCCCUCUGAGCUUGAAGUUUCUUGAAGGUAUGCCUGUUUCGACGCACACUGGUCGUCGCUAUAAGACAUACCGAAACACCUUUUUAGGGGAAGAUGCAGUGAACUACAUGCUACAAUCCGAAUUGGCUUCGGAUCGACUUGAAGCCGUAUUCCUGGGCCAGCGGAUGAUGGAAGAGCUAGGAAUCUUUGAGCCGGUUUCCCACAACAACCGCUUUAAGGAUUCUUGCUACUUGUAUCGAUUUGCCACUGGGGAUUGUCAUUCUUCUUCCUGUGGUGAUGAAUCCGCGACUGCUGGGUCGCUAUCAGAAAGCUUUCGCGCCCAGCAUCAGUGCACGUCUCCGAGCCCAUUGCCACCUUUCAAUACUUCACGUUGGGACACUCAAUCGUGUACGAUUGAUGGAGAACGAAAGAAGCAGAAAGUCGUCUUUGGUAUGAUUCAUGUUCGAUACUUUGAACGCCGCCUCGAACGCAAUCCAGCCACAACUUCGGGGCCAAGCUUGGGCCUUGGUUGGAGGUUCUACGAUGGUUCACCGGCUCCAUUGAAAGAUGAAAGGUCCGAAGCAUUGGAGUUCCGAGGUCGACUUUCCACUCAAGAUCGUUCAAAAAUUUUGAAAGAAUGGGGAUACAAUAGGGCAGACAUCAACAGAGCUGCUAGAUCCAACAAGAUCAUCCGCCAGAAACGAAAUCGAACCUUCAAUAAAUAUACGGAGUAA